UAAGCUGUGCAGGCGCUGUGCAACAGGCGGACUAGAAGCCGCCCACUGUCUGUGACCACCCCUCGUACUCCUCGGUCCCGGCGCGAAGUCCUCUUCUCUUUACCACUACAUCCUCGCCAACGCCAUGUCUGACGACGGCAACGGGAACUCACUACAGAACGGCGGCAGCAAGGCGGCCCAGCGCGCCCGUAGGGUGCUGAACUGCGGGCCCUGCCGCAAGAACAAGCUCAAGUGCGAUAGGAAGCGACCCUGCUCGUCGUGUCAACUGCGAAAGAGCGAGACCGCUUGCCGCUACGAGGACGAAGGGUAUGGCGGCAACGGCCAGUGGCGUUUCGUUGGACCUCAGGGAGAGACCAUGGAUGUCUACGAGCCUGAACCCGCCAGCGAUCCUGAGUCUGACCGGGCUGAUAACGUACCCGUCGAGCAAUCGUGCCUAAUUGGUGGCGUUGUACCUGAUGCAAACAUGAACACCGAUCUACUCAACGAGGUCGCACAGGUUCGGCACCAGCUGGAGGCGUUGGAGCGCCAACUGAAACAAGGCAAUCAAGGCGCUUCUCAUCCAGCGGUGGCUUCGCUGCGCGCAGCUACCCAGGAAAACCCAUCCGACAUAGACAUGGCACCAGUUACUUUCGAUGCGCCGCCUCAGGCGGUACAAAACAUGUCUGGGAUGUUCUUGGGCCCUACCAGCGAUGUGUUCGCCGUGAACCAGUUCGUCGGCGGGCGACCUUCGCAGGGCCUUCCGAGCUUUUUGUCGAACCAUGUCCCCGUCCUCGACGUGCGUCACCACGACGCAGAUCUUGUCGCACAGCUCCCCGAUCACAACACCGUGGAGUACCUCAUCAACCAUUACUUCGAAUACUGCAACUGGAUCUACCGCUUCGUUCAUGAGCCAACCAUUCGCGAUGCGUGGCGGCGGUUUAGGAACGGCCAGUCCAUGACCCGCGUCGAGCUCGCCACUGUUUGCGUCGUUAUCGCAAUCACUAUCCGGUAUCUUCCUCUCGAUCACAAACUCUUCUCCCUCCUCCGCGGCGGUGCGAUCGAAUUGGGAAACACCUACUUUAGGGUAUCCUGCGAUCUUCUCGAGCGUCACCGCGAGAUCACGCCGACGCACAGGACUUACACGCUCGAGCUGGUCGAGCUCGUUUUGGCGCAGACGCACUACCUCAUUUUCUCAGAGAAGCGCCGCGAGGAGGUCUGGAUUCUGUGCGGCGAGCUGCUCACCAUUACUACCGCUAUGGGUCUGCACCGCGAUCCCCAGAACGUCUUGCCGGUCGAGCUCGCUGAGCGGCGCCGCUGGGCAUGGUGGAACCUUAUGCUCGUCGAGCGCUGGCACGCCUUCUCUCUGGGUCGGCCCAUCCGUAUUGCCUCUGACCACUUCGACGUCAAGCUGCCAGCACACAACCCGAACUCCGUCGGCUCGGACAGGAUCCACCUGCCGAAUAUCGCCCUCUUCAAGCUUAUGUACAUCUCCGCGGCGACUUCGGACGAGGCGAUGGCGAACAUCAGGGUCACCUUGCCGAUCCUGCAGCAGAGGGAUAAGCUGUUGACUGACUGGUUUGACGAGCUCCCUAAGGAGGUGUUCCAGGAUGGCCAGGAGUUGACCAACAACCUUGUCAGCCCGAUGCCGGCUGUUCGCCGUCUCGCUGUCCAGGGCACGAUCUUGCGCGGCUUGUACAACUACAUCCGCUUCACCCUUCAUCGUCCCAACAUCCUCUUGCCGAUGAGCUUGGACAUCGGAAUUCACUGCGCGUCGGACCUGAUCGGCCUGAUGGCGCAGGCGCACGACUCGAACACACCGGGUCACUUCAUCUGGGGCCCCUGCCAGACGUUCUCGGUCGCGAUGUUCUUCUCCCUGCAAAUCAUCAUCAACCCAUCCAGUCCCGCGCGCACCUGUACCAGGAGCAGAUCAAGAAGGCGAUCACGCUGUUCAAGCCGGACUGCUGCCUGCCGGGCAUCGCGGACGGUGCGAUCACGAUCCUCGGCACGCUUGCGCCGUUAUUCGAGAGCGACCUGCUCGCGAACCCGACGCCGGAGGUGACGCGCGAGAAGGAAGAGAUUCUGCACCUGGUGAACAACAUGACGUACCCGCACAGAGAGCUGCCCGAC